ACACAGCGCAGCAGGCCAGAUACGGCGGGCAGUGACCGUAGCGAUCCAUACAGGAGGACGGCGACGGGACCUGUGCAGUGAAAUGAUCUCUGUGGAGAGACUGUCUUGUAUGCAUCUGUUCGGACCUCCGAAAUGAUGGAGAGCCUUUUUCAGGGACUGUCCGACACCCAUUGCGGCAGGCUUUGUUCUAUGACUUGUCCCUUUCCUAGCGGUGUCAUCCGCAAACUUUGACAGGGCCCAGCUUUCGCGACAGACGUGGUCGGCCCAGCUACCAAAGUCUUUCCCCUGCCUUGCUUUGCGACUUUCAACAUGCAUCAAACGACAAUGGAGAAGUGGAGAUGAUCGCACCUACGCAGAGUUUUUCCGUGCGUCUGCACCGGCGCAGUGGUCUCAUACCCACGUGCGCCUUGCUUGUUGGGCUGCACUCCGCGAAUUCAUCGACCAAGAUGUGGUCACCGCCUGUUCGAACUUGCGGCGCACCAUCCGCGAAAUCUUGGCCCAGGAUUCACAUGUGAUGAACAUUGCUUUGGUCAGAUCCUCCACUGGACGCUGGAUUUCAGCCAGAUGCCUGUUUACUGACGUUCAUGUCAGCUACGCUCAAUCGCGUGUGCUGGCAAAGCCACGAUAUUUUCUCAGGAUCAAUCUUGCUCGGCGGUCUGGCAUCUAGCGGAACUUGCAGCUGUUGCAGAUGAAAGUGGAUAUCAGGCGAACCUUGGGAGCUUUGCAAGACUGUACAGCCUAUAAGAUUGAGCAGAGGACACAAUUCAAUCUAUGCAUGCUAAGCUCGGGAUUGCGGAGUUUUGCAAUCCCUGCAACUUCUGUGCAUAUUGCCAUGCAUUACCGUCCCUCGUGGCGCAUCCCGCCAUUUCACACAACACUUGUCCGGACGCUGGCAUCAGUCAUCAGACAUGUGACAAUCUCAACUGACCUGCUCGAUGCAACGCCAAAGCAAAGUAGCCUCUAUUCAAUCGAGUAGAGUCGUCUGGUAUCUGAAUUCUCAUUG